UACGAGCCCAAUAGACAAAAUCGGUGCUUCCCGUUCUUGUCCGUUCAGGUUUUCCUGACAUCCCGCCUCUGCCCUAUCACGCCUUGACGUCCCCCCGAGCAGGCGUCGCGGAAGCGCGGGGCUGACCAGAUGGACGGCGACAACGACGAGGGACAUGUCAUCCCCGACCAGGUCUUCUUGGCGCGCCUGCCGCAGAACAUCGACGAGGAUUCGCUCCGCAAGGUCCUGAAGAAGUGCGGCAAGAUCGAGAAUAUCCGCCUGGCCCGCGAUGAGCACGAGGAUGGCCGACCCUGCAAGGGCUUCGGCUGGGUGACGUUCUCGUCGCCCGACGAGGCCGAGGCUGCGUGUGGACUGGACGGCAUGCUCGAGGUGGGCGGCAGAAAGAUGUCGAUCUGCCUGGCGCGCCAGCGGCAGGGGGGGCGCUCGGGCAAGAGGCGCGAGGUGCAGAUUGUGAUCGAGCCGCACGCCGACUGCUGGUUCUGCCUCAUAAACCCCAAGGUGGAGAAGCACAUGAUAGUCACCGUGUCUCCGAUGGCCUAUGUCGCGGGCGCGAGGGGGCCGGUCAACGACGCGCACGUGCUGAUCAUGCCAGUGAAACACGCUCCCUGCUACGCGGCCUGUCCACCAGACCUCCAGAAGGUUCUCGACGUGCACGUUGCCGCCAUCCGAAAGAUGUGCAUUGCGGAGGGCGAGGAGGUCCUUGUCUGGGAGCGCUGGAUACCGAUGGGGGUGUCGGCCGCCAAUCACAUGCAGAUCCAGCUGGUGCCCAUCGAGAGGAAGCAGGCUGGGAGCGCUCGCGAGGAGUUGGAGCGACUGGCGCAGAUUCACCUCGGAGGCGGCUUGAAGAAGAUCAACUCGCACAAGGAGGUCGUUGAACACCUCAACGACGAUUCCACCACGCCCUACUUGUAUUUCGAGUGCCCCGGCGACGCCACCGCCAAGGGCCGAGUGGUAGAGAGGUACGUCUAUGCCGGGGGGAAUUCCAACGCGAGGAUACCGAUGAAUUUCGGGCGCGAGUGGGCGUGCAGCUUGCUGGACGCGAGGGACAGGCUAGACUGGCGGCAGGUCCAAGACGACCGGCAGACCGAGGAGAGGCUGGCGAAGCGGUUCCGGGACGCGUUCCUCCCGUUCGAGCCCUCCAGGAAGGCAAAGUAGCGAGCGGUGCCCACAGCCGCGGAUGCGCCGUGAGCGGGUGCCUUGAGAUCCUGGCGUUGCAAUUUUUUUCACAAGGGGCGUUUUCGCUCAAUUUCUGGCCCCGGGAACUUCACGGAUCGAGCCGGCUCCAAAAAUGAG